AUGGAGUAUGGAGUUUAUGUUCAGCAUAUUUUUGAAGGUAAUAUGAUCUUGGAAUAUCUGUAUGUUGAUGACAUAUUACUAACAGGAAGUUGUGAACACGAGAUAGCUAAGUUCAAGAAGGUGCUGAUGAAUGAGUUUGAGAUAACUGGUCUAGGAAAUAUGAUAUAUUUUCUAGGGAUGAAGAUUAUGUACUCUGCGAAGGGUAUCAUUUUGCAUCAGCUGAAGUAUAAACUUGGGCUUCUGAAGAGAUUUGACCUGCUGAAUUAUAAGGCCGCGGUCACACCUACAAAAACAAAUCACAAAUUGGACUUUGAUCUUGAAGGUGAUGAUGUAGAUGCUACAACUUUCAAGCAGUUAGUUAGAUCUCUGAGGUGUUGUGGUUGCAUAUCAAACUGUUUGGCUUCUGAAUUUACUGCAUGA